GUAAACAAAAGCUCGCAAUCACAUGUGGUUACGAUGGCCUACCCAGAGCAGCAGAAGAAAAGGAAGCAGAAGAAGAAAAACAAUUUUCUUCGAAAUGCCAAGAAACUAGGAAAGAAAGGCCAUUUUGGAAAAGGAAAGAGACUGUCGGAGGAGGAAUAUAAUUAUUAUAUUCGUGUAUAUGAACAGCUGAAACACGCUGAAGGUGAAGAUCAAGAGAUUUUGGUCCGUAACUUCUUCCGUGAAUUACAGCGUGAAGGGCAAGAAAAAAGUCUGGCUGGCAAUCAGAUCAUAUCAAGGGUAUUGGACCAUGCACUCCCCAUUGCAGACGUUUGUCAGGUGGUGGAGUUCACCCGUGUCUUUAAAGAAGAUAUACGCUCAACAUGUGUAGAUCCUUUUGCCUCGCAUGUAAUGCAAACAUUAUUAGCUCUGGCCCUUAAGUAUUCACAGGAAAAUGCUACACAGAUGAGGUUUGAAGAGAAUGAGGAGACCAAUGAAGUUACAGAAAAAAGCAUUCCCGUUACAAAGGAAGUAAAGGAAGAAUUCAUAUCAUUCUUGGAGAAGAUAAGUAAAUUUGUUUACAACAAUCUAGAAGACUUCAUUUGGGACACAUAUGCAAGUCACAUUAUAUGUUCUAUCAUUAUGGUUUGUUCAGCAAUUGAUGUGCAAAACACAAUUAAAAGCAAACAAAAGUCACAGAGUAAUCAUUGCCUGUUCAGAGAAGAAGGAAAGGAGCUGAAAGUUCCUGCAGUAUUAAAUUCAAUACUUCCAGACAUUGCAGAGAGGUUUACCAAGUUACCUGACAUUUCAGGUAUAAUUACAUACAACUGCAGUUCAGUGGUGGCACAGACCUUGCUGCUAGCAUUAUCUGAUACCAACAAAGAAUUAUGCCAUGCUGUUGUGAGUCAUAUUUUAGAUCAUGGGUUUAGUGGUAUAUCCCCCAGUCAGUGUGAGGAGGAGGAAGAGGAAGGGGCUACAGGAAAUCUCCCUCUCUUGUUCCAAAGUAAUUCUGCCACUCGUUUGCUAGAGGUUUUAAUCAUGUGCUCAACAAGCCCACAGCAGAAACUGGUGUUUGAUCAGUAUUUCAAAGGACACAUCAAGGCAUUAGUGCAAAGCAAGCACUGUAAUUUUGCAGUUCAACGCAUUUUAACUUGUUGGAAGGACAAGGAAAAUUUUGAGGACUUGUUCACUGAAGUCUCCAAAACUGUUGAAAUUGCAGCUUUAACUGGCCACACAGGUACUAUUGUCUCCUUGGCACAAGCCUGUCGUCAGCUCUCAAGUAAUCAGUGGCAGUGCAUGGAGGCAGUGAUGGAGUUCCUUGACUGUAACCAGCCAGACCGACAUGCUCAGUUUGUGCCACUCUUGUUAAGAAUGAUGAAGUUUGAUGAAUUCCAGAAGAACAAAGCAGAAGAUACAUUACCAUCCACUACUCUUCAUGGAAGUCUCAUUUUACAGGAAUUCUUGCAGUUUAACAAGCCAUUAAAGGUUGUGAAGAGCUUGCUAGAAAUGACAACACACAGCCUUCAGGAGUUAGCUUGUGACAUGCGAGGUUCUCAUGUCAUCAGUGCUUAUUUUGCUAGCAAAUUUGUAGGUUCAAAAAAUCAUGAAAAAAUGGUGCACAAAUUUAAGGGAACAUUCACAGCAUUAGCUUGCUGCAAGAGUGGAUCACGAAGCCUAGAUGAUAUGUGGAAGGUAGCAAGCAUCAAGAUGAAGACACUGAUAUGCAGUGAGCUUGUUGAAGAUGAGAUAAAAUUAAAAGAAAACACUUUUGGCAAAUUCAUUUUUUCAAACUUUAUGGUAUCUCUGUUUCGGAAGAAGGAUAAAUCAGAUUGGCAAGAACUUUUGAACAGAAAAGAAAAGAAAAGAAAGAUGUUUGAUGAUCUGCUGAAGGAAGCUGACUCAGAUACACCAAAGAAGAAAAAGAAAAAGAAUGAAAAAAGUUCUGUGGACUCAAAGGCCAUAACAGAAGAUGACAUUUUUCUUGAUGUUGAAGGAGGCGUUGAGGAGGAGGAACUUUUAUCAGAAUAAGUUUUCAAUUAUACAUCAGCAAUUUAUGAAAGAAUGUAUGAUAUACUUUAAAUAUAUUUUGUUUUUUGAAA